UCGGACGUGCCAACGCGUUCGCGACAUAUCGAUCUCUAGAUCCGUAGGAAGCGUUAUUCCGUAAAUCUUUCCAAAACUAGCGCUAGAAUAUUCAUGCGGAUUCGAUAAUCUUUCUUCAUGAAAUUGUACAAAUUUAAUCGCUUGGUUAUUGCUGAAACUGUUGGUAACUUGCUGAUCCUACGAGUCUAUCUGUUGCAUUAUUUUUAUUUUCAGCGACAAGCGAUUAAAUAAAGUUGAAGUUAUAUGAAUUAUGGACUCCGAGUGAAGAUCGUUUAAACUACUUGAACGUUUCAUAACAGCAUCGGACAUUAGUCUUAGACAAAUAUUGAAUUUGACCUCUUGAGGCAAAUGGUGUUAAAUGAACAGUGGAAAUUGGUUCAGUGGACAUCGGUUUAAGUUUCCGGUCAAGGAGGUAAACGAUACUGGAACACGGGAUCAUCCUGGUUCGCUAAAAGCCACGAGUUCCUGAGAACUCGAAUAUGGUCCGCGUGACGUUGAAAAUCAAAUCCGCUUAACGCUGUUAGCUUUGGUGCAUUGAAGUACGUCUUUUGAACUGAAAAAGCAGAAAAGCCUUCGAGUGACGUCACUUGUUCAGAUUGCAACGAUACUCGCCACUUGAUGAGAUAACAAAACUUGUGAACGAUUUGAGGAACCUUGUAAUCCAGAAGGAAACAAACAAACAGUUUGACGAGGUGUUUCUGUUCGCGAGGAAGAUUAAGAUCAACGGAGAUUAAACAGAGACCUAGUGUGGUCGUUUUAAUGAUUACGUACCGCUGUUUUGAUUAUUUAUUUAUUUAUUUAUCUGUACGUAGGUCGGAACUGUUUUUAUUCGUAUAAAGUUACAAUAUUGAUUAUUGGUACAUAUGUGUGUUUGUAAAGUGUUUAUCACCAACAAGUUUGAAGUCAGCACAAAGUAUAAUUAAAGAAUUGUGCUGCAAUUGUCUCCGGUUGUAACUGCGGCUAUAAAGAAUAGAAGGUACUAAAAGGUACUUUGAACUGCAAUUAACUGCAAUUUAAAUUUAUCAAGGCAGAAGAAUACUGGUAGCCGCAAAUCCUUCGGAGCUCCAGCGAAGCAUGGAAGAUUCUAAAAAAUAUUUUAAACUGUAAAGUGGAUUUCCGAAGGCGAAGAAAUCAAGGAAAACUGCGAGUAUUAGUUAAGUGUAAUACAAUCCGUGGAAGGAACUGAAAAAUCCAGUCACCUACAAUUUUGAUUCAUCAAACUAUGGAUAUUCAUUAGAGUAAAACACAGGGAAGAACACUUGUAAAUUGGAUUUUUUGAAGGAACGAACAGACAUUAAAAAGUGCAUUCUGUAAUUGGAAUUCUUUAAAACAAGGUAUAAAGACUUCAAUUUGCAAAUUGAAAGGCUUCAAAAGUUACUUCAACCGCAAUUUCAAUUCUGCAGAACAAAGCAUAUUGAAGACUCGAAGAACUGCAAUUAAAAUUAAUGAAAAGAGAACAUGCAAUUUAAACUUCAAUAAUUUGUAUUUUACAAUAACCGAAAGUCGUCGCUUAAAACGCAAGACCCGUUUUUCUGUCCAAACUGUUGAUCAACAAGAACAAGAGUGUUACUGCCAGUUUACGAGCGUCAUCAAGCGGAAAUAGCGGACGGUCAAAUAUGAAAAAGCGACAGGAAGCUCCGCAUUCAUCCGCUUUGUGACUGAUACGCUUUCGAACGCGCGUAAACAGGUGUCACGAAGCGUUUCAUCGCCGCUUUCACAAGCAUUUGAAAAAGCUUUGCUAAAUGACUGCCUCCCGCUCUUCGCGUUUACGGGAUUCUCGCUGAUCUCGCCUUUCAUGGGAACCGCAGACUGUACAGGAGAUUUCCUGGAACGCGUUUGAGCAAUUAUUGAGAACGGAAGCUUAUUUGAAAACAAAUUGACGGACUGACAUGCAAGUGGGCGACAAAAUGGACGCAUACGAGGACAUCGAUUUCAAUAAUCCAAACAGCCCGAACAUACAGAAGCGGAUUCUGAAAAUAAAAGCUGAUCAAUGCCACAAAGGAAACGUUUCGAUGACGGGUUGGUGUCCGGAAGUGUGGGAUGAAAUAUUGUGCUGGCCAUCCACGGCGCCUGGGGAACUGGCUGUUUUAUCCUGUCCAUCAUAUAUUGCCGGAUUCGAUGUUCAGGCGAACGCGUCUAAGCAGUGCAUGUGUGAUGGCCAGUGGUUUUGGAAUAACGAGACCAACAGCUCCUGGAGCAAUUACAGCCAGUGUUAUCGGGAUCCAUUAGUAACUCUUCUGAUGGAGCUGCCCGGUGGUCAGGAGAAUAACGAUACUCUCAUUAAGAACUUCUUUCCGAUCGUGAAAACCAUUUCCAAGGUUGGAUACACAGUUUCCUUUUUCACCCUGGUGGUCGCCUUUUUCAUUCUUGCAGUGAUCAAUUUAUCCCGAAUUGGACGUAGGAAAUUGAGGUGUCCUCGUAACAUGCUGCACAUGCAUCUUUUCGCCUCGUUCAUGCUGAGAGCGUUCAUGGCAUUGAUGAAGGACAUCCUGUUCGUUUCCGGGAUCGCCCUGGCCUCCGACGUGAUGAUAAAAAACGGUAAAACCUACUGGCUGGUCGACGAGAAGGAGAGCAGUUGGUUGUGUAAAGUGUUCACCAGCUUCUGGCAGUAUUUCAUUCUCGCCAAUUAUUUUUGGAUAUUAAUGGAAGGACUCUAUUUGCACAAUCUGGUCUUCUUCGCGCUCUUCACUGACGUCAACUCUAGCAUCGCUGCCUACGUGUGUCUUGGUUGGGGUCUGCCGGCGGUAUUCGUGUCUUGUUGGAUCGUAGCAAGGGUCCUGCUCGAGAACAAGUAUUGUUGGACCACCCACGAGAAUCCUUAUCUCUUUCUUUUGAUCCGAGUUCCUACAAUGUUGUCCAUUUUGAUCAACUUCGUGCUGUUCGUAAACAUAGUCAGAGUGCUACUGCUGAAGCUGAAGUCUACGGUUUCGGAGGAGACACAGAGAUACAAGAGAUGGGCGAAAAGCACUCUGGUCCUGGUGCCAUUAUUCGGAGUCCACUACACAGUGUUCCUAGGGAUGUCGUACAGCAUCGGUGUGAACGAAACCGUAGAAGUUGUGUGGCUGUUCUGUGAUCAAUUGUUUGCAUCUUUUCAGGGUUUCUUCGUGGCGGUGUUGUACUGUUUCCUGAACGGAGAGGUGCGCGCCGAAGUGUCCAGGGUAAUCAGGAGCCAGAGAAUGCCUCGUCUUCGGAACAGAUGGAUCUCCAGACGCUCGACGCACUCGGGAAGCACUUGUAGCUGCAACGCAUCGAAGCUUGGUAAACGUUCGAAACGACCACGCUGGUGGAAAGACCCGUGGCUCUGUUUUCUACACGACAGGACUACUCGACGAUCUACUCACUCGAUGGCGAGUACACAAGAUAUUGGUACGCGAGGAGGUAGUCUAGCGAGCAGCAGGGGAUAUCUGGAGAUCGCAGGAAACGGGCAGAGUGCACAUCCGGGAAGUCAGAGUCAACAACGGGCAAAUCACGCGUCACCUUUGUACAGCAAAUACACCGAUCAAUCGUUACUAUCCUUCUGCUCGAACGUUUCAGAAGCGACACCGUGCACAGGCUCUAACGUGGAGAGGCUCGUACGAGACCAACACCGUUGGAGCGACUCUGAAUGUUGCCACCUUGCUUACGAGUUGCACAAUUUGCACCAUGGACCCCCAUGAAAUUACCUUCCGUCGGAACAGAACUAUUCCGACGAACGAAACCACCGAGAUUCUUCUGGUCGACGCACCACGUACCACUCGGUCAUUUAAUCCAUUCUGAGCUGUGCAGAGACUUUGAAAAUUUAUCGAGAAUUCAGGAAAAGGCUGUUUCAAUUAUAGUACUGCUCAAAAGUUCCCUAAUUGCUUUCCCAAAUUAUUCGACUACGUUUCGACUAAUCUGAGCUUUACUUGAUUGAUCUUAUAGCUGAGUUAUCUAAUUAAUCUAAAUUCAAGUGGAUUAUCUGAACAUCCGUGUAAUUUAAAUUACCUGACUACUUAAUCCAGACUAAGAUAAGUUAUCAAACUAGUUAGCUGACUGUCGAAUCCAUUUGAGUGCAGACAAAUUAGCUACUUAAUUAUUGAUCAACAAUGCCAUUACAAUGCCAGUACAAUACCAUUGUGAGGAUAUCAUUUGUAAUUCAAUAUUCGCAAUAACCACGGCCAUCGAUUCGUCAUUCUCCAUUGUCCAAUAUUAAUUAACAAACAUUAGGAAUUCCAUAAGCAAUUCCACUUUUGAGCUGUGGUAUAAACGAUUUCUUUUUUACAACAAAAUGACUGCAUAUACAAAAUCACUGAAAGCUUUAAAAAAAAUAUUCCUAUCCCGUCAGUUUAUUUUUCUACUCACAUUCUCGUAUUCCAAAAUAUUGCGCUGAAAUCCGUUACUCCGGACUCCCAUGGAAUUUGUCCGGAUUAACCGGUUCCAUUUGCGCUUUUAUACAUAUUACUAAAGAACGUGUACCUCAACUACGAUUCGAAAGGAUCUCGUUUUUAUGACGUGAUGUACUGCCUUGCUUACUGAACUGGAACAGAGCUUUUGAAUAAUUCCUGUAUUUGGUGAUUACAAUGCUUGGCCCGAUGUUCACACCGCACAAAUAACAAUGUCAAAGUUACAAAAGUUGCUCGAAACUCUCCACCAUAUUAUUCGUUGAUUCCCAACAAGCUGUCGAAAGUGCCUUCCGGGACUUCGUAGACCCCCGUCCUCUAGGCUUCUACAGCAAUAACAUGGACUAUCAUUGUAACUCUGUUCCAUAAACAGAAAAUGAAAAAAGUUUACUUUCACUUUGUCACGUUUCAAUGACCUAAUACUAGAGGGUAAUAGGGUAAUUGAGGUAAGGAUGGCAGUACAGAACGAUACGAAAUCUUGUUACCUGAUAGCCCGAAUUACGGUAGAAUAAUCGAGCAGAAAACUCGUUAAAUCGUAGUUAAUUUAUAUUGAUGUUUUCUCUUGUAAGAACAGCGGUGACUCGUUAAUCCAAUUCGUACUUAAUUAGUUCAGAUUAAUGGGGUCACGUUGUGCAUCGUUUAUCUCUUUGUACAUGAAUAAUUGUAAUUAUCGAUCGCGCAGUACGUGUCGCGUUCACGCUAUAAAAUUUAAGAUAAUGUGUGUUUCUAUAUUUAUGUGUGUAAACGAGUGGAUGGGUUGACUGUUACAAGCAGCGAAAUAAAAAUUCCGUGUACGAUCACGUGCAACUUAGGCUUCCGUUAAUGAAGGAGACUUCUUUGUAUCACCGCUCGCCUUAUUUGUUCGUGUCCUUUACUCGUUGGGACAACAGAUUUUAGAUUAGACUGUCGGUGGGAGGUUUUCAUAUCUACCUCCUCUCUUAACCAAGGGAAACCUACGUUGCAACUGAUUGUACAUCUAUGUGAAUCAUCCGUUAUUGAUUUAUUAUCCGUUGUCAUAAACUGACGCGUUGGUAAAAAUCACCUGACCAACGUGUUCAGCAUUUUAAUAGGAAGUAUUAACAACUGUGUGGAAUGUUUUCCUCGCAAAGAUUUGCCGUCAAUUAAACGAAUAACUGUCGCAUAAUAAGGAACAAAUUAUUUAUUACGAUCAGACGGGAAGGCGGUAUGUGUUCGAUGUAAAACUAUAAAACGGGAAAUAAACGAUAAGAUGUUUUAACAAAUUUUUUGACUAUCAAAUUAUAGUAUUUUAUUUUCGAUUGAGAAUACAGGAACAAACAGUUCGAAGUGUAUUUUUACGGUGGAUCGACUUAUAAAAUACAUAUUUACAUCGAUAUAUUUAUUCGUGUCAUGUUACAUAUUCUUCGUUUGGAGUUCAUCGAACAACGGAACUUUUAUAAAUUGUUCGUCAAUCGUUGCUUUAUCCAAAGAAAAAUAUAAAACAAAAGUCUAAUGUAAUGUUAAGAUACAAAAGCUACUGAUGUCUGGUUCUGAGUGAAAAUAAUUUAUAAUUUAUUAGAUGUUCAUAUUAAAGUUAUUCCAUACUCAAAACUAUAUUUAUCAGCAGCUCUGGUAUCUUAUUAUCUAUCAGAAUUUACGGCUCCGUUGCUUCACUUUGCUAAUGUAAUUG